AUGGCUGUGAGGGGAGGGUUGAGUCCAUCAUCAGGUCUGAUGUGGGAAAUUGUUAAUUCAGUUAGUCAGGGAAAUUUUACAUUUGUCAGGAAAAAGUCAGGGAAUUUCAGAAACCCCUGGCUUUGGCAACCAUGAUAGGGAAACCAAGCCAGUUGCCCUGGGGUAAAAUUCUGAAUAGUCUCAUGUUUGCCUUUCUGGAAAGAACUGUCCUUGGCAAAUCAAUUGGCGAUAUAAUAAUAUUCACAUGUAGAUUUUAAUUUAUGUGAAAUUAGUCUGGGAUAUUUUGUUUUUAUAGCGCUUAGUAUUUAAAUGGAUAAGUGCCAUAUAAUCAUUUUCAUAUUAUUAAAUUAUACAUUUGAAAAAGUGUACAGCGACUAAGGCAGCUAUAAAUUAUUUGUUAUUUCUGAUGGUGCCUCCGAAGGAUUUUUGUCUGGCUAUAGGUACAUGUGUAAUUAAUAGCUGUAAAUAGUUUUGGUGCUUAAAAGAACUGUGGAAUCCAGAUUUUUUUUCCACCAUGAGGGAAAACGUUCGUUCAAUUAAUUGGGAGAUUCAAAAAGUGGGGUUCUUGGAGUAUGAAGGGAAGAAUUAUUGGGAGAUUUGAGAAAAAAGAGAGGUUUUUCAUGUACAAGGACUUUCAAACUUUACUGAAACAUUUCUAUGUUACCAUUGAUGCAAAAACGUCUCCAAAUUAUGUGACAGAGUGACUUAACUCUUGCCUUUACUCACAUCUUUAAAGGAGGAAUCUGUUCUCUUUUUUAGGUGACUUGCGUCGACACAAUAUGCACGUGCAUGAUUCCCGUGACAAACCAGUAGACUUUGAAGACUGUGGCGCACCACUAAGCACUACAGGCAAUGUUACUGUUCCCAGCGAUGGUACCAAAGAUCAGGACAGUGUCACUGGACAAGUGUAUCAAUGUUCAGUAUGUGCGGAGGUGUUCGAUACAUCUAGUGAACUGAGGGACCAUGUAACAUGUCAUAGUAACAUGGUGUCCACUGUACCAAACCAUUCUUUGGACCAAAAGUCCAGUGAAGACGUGGAUCAGCUGGAUGAGAGCACAGAGUCAGGGAGUAUAGACAGUAAUUAA